AUGAAAGAAGACUUGAACAGCAAAGGACACAUAGGAGGAUCCUUUUCAGAUGACUUUAUCAAGAUAAGCAUAAGCAAAGAUGCAUGCAAGAACAGCAAUGAAGAAGUGCAGGCCCGCGUGUCUGAAAUAGUGAAGAGUGGAAGGCCUGGGAGCUACUCGAUAAUCUCGGAAGGAGGAGUCAUUGCAACAAAAUCAUCGAGAUCUUCGGACUUCUCGGACCACACGCCCUUUGGCACCUCGGGCAUGCACUUUCCAGACGACUAUUUCACUUCGCCCCCAAGAAACCAUCCCUUCAACCAGUACGACCCUGACAACGACGAACUGCCGCCCCCAGGAGAUAAAAAAAACCACUUCAUAUAG